AUGUGGAUUCCCGAUGAUGAUAUCUUUAUGUUCGCUGCCCAGUUUCGUGCGGAUCUGCAACCUCUUCUUACCGGAAACAUCGUCCCGACAAAACGAGAGGUCUUGCAGGUCGUUAUGAGUUUGUUUGACCCUCUCGGAUUUAUCGCUAACUACACCAUCCAUGGUAAGAUACUUAUUCAGAACGUGUGGAGAUCUGGAAUCGAAUGGGACGAUCCAAUUAUCGAUUCUGAUUUUGACAGUUGGCGACGUUGGGUAACGCUGGUGCCAGACCUAGAACGUGUUAGGAUCCCCAGAUGUUAUUUUUCAAAUUACGUGCCACAUAGUUACAAAUCUCUCGAACUGCAUGUAUUCGUCGAUGCGAGCGAGAUGGCGUACUGUGCUGUGGCUUACUUCCGUAUUGUAGAAGAUGGAAUUCCAAGAUGUGCGUUGGUAACUUCCAAAGUAAAAGUUACUCCUCUCCGACCACAAACCAUUCCCAAAAACGAGCUUAACGCUGCAGUACUUGGUGUUCGACUAAUGAGAAGUAUUGCAGAAAACCAUUCCGUGCCAAUCAAGAAAAGGUACAUUUGGACGGAUUCAACGACCGUAUUAUCAUGGCUCAGAGCUGAUCCUCGAAAGUAUCGCCCCUAUGUGGCCUUCAGAGUUGCGGAAAUCCUCACUGAAUCCAACUUAGAUGAAUGGCACUGGGUACCAACAAAGAUGAACAUUGCUGAUCAGGCGACAAAAUGGGGUGGUGGGCCUAACUUUGACCCAAUGGAUUGCUGGUUCCGCGGGCCAGAAUUCCUGUACUUACAAGAACAUCUACGGCCAACAAAUGUUACUCCCCAUCUGUUGCAGGAUCCCAAAGACGAACUGCGGACUGUUCUCGCACAUCGAGAAGUUUUGAAACCAAUAAUGUUAGAUUUCACAAAAUUCUCUCGUUUCGAAGACCUAUUGAAGAUUCUUGCCUAUCUUCACCACUUUCGAAACCAAUGUCGAAUGCACGAAAGAGUUUCGACAAAAUCACGGACUGUGCUAAUUAAUCAAACGGUCUACUUAGCAGCUGAAAAAUCUUUGUGGCGGAUGGUCCAAGCCGAUUCUUAUCCUGAAGAAAUCGCGAUACUGGAGGCAAAUUCAAAACUUCCGAUAGCUCAGCGUCAGCGAUUCGGGAAGACGAGCACUCUAAAAGGAUUGUCCCCCUUCUUGGACGACGAUGGUAUAAUUAGAUCAGAGAGUAGAAUCGAUCCUGAGGCCGCUUACUAUUGCUUUGAUUUCCGUAACCCAGUGAUCCUCCCCAGUAAAAGUCGCGUGACAGAAUUACUGGUUCUCCGUUUUCACCAGCGGUAUGGACAUGCCAAUACGGAGACAGUGAUAAACGAGAUGCAGCAGAAGUUUCACGUCCCCAAGAUACGAUCAGUGGUCAAAAAAGCAAUCAAGGAGUGGUUGGAUUAUUUUGGACCACUAGUUGUAAAGAAGGCACUCUUUACUUGCCUUACGAUCCGUGCUGUGCAUUUGAAGGUGGUUCAUUCGCUGUCUACGGAAUCCUGUAGAAUGUCCAUUCGACGUUUCGUCGCCAAGCGAGGUACCCCCCAACAAAUCUACAGCGACAACGGCACAAACUUCCGUGGUGCAGCUCGUAUUCUGGCGAAUGAAAUUUAA